GCACAGCACUAUAUUAUCUUGUGGUCAUCUAGAACCUAUCCCGGAGGAGCAGCAUAGAGUACUCACAGGCCAAUUAAAUAUUACCACAUGACGAGCGAUAGUUACGUCACAGCAGCAGCAGGAGCGGCGGCAUCGACGCACGUGCUGAUAUUCCCCUUUCCGGCGCAGGGCCACCUGAACUGCAUGCUCCAGCUGGCCGAGCUCCUGGCGGCGGCGGACAUCCACGUGACCUUCCUCAACACCGAGUACAACCACCGCCGCCUCCUCCGCAGCUCCAGCGGGAACUCACUUCCGGGGAGGGGGCCGGGGCCGAAAGUCCAGUUCCGGGCCAUCGCGGACGGGCUCCCCGACGACCGGGCUCGCUCGGCCGCGCGGUUGCUGGAGCUCGACGCGUCCCUGCGCGCCAGAUCGAGCCAGGCGUACCGCGAUCUGCUGGUGGAUCUGCGCGAGGGGUCGGGCGGCCGGGCGCCGCGCGUCACGUGCGUGAUCGCCGAUGGGAUCAUGCCCUUCGCCAUCGAUAUCGCGGAGGAACUGGGAAUCCCCGCCAUGGCGUUCCGUACGCCCAGCGCGUCCAGCGUGUGGGCUUAUUACUGCAUCCCCAAGCUCCUACAGAGCGGGGAGCUCCCCAUUCCGGAGGGUGCCGACCUGGACGAGCCGAUUCGAGGCCUGCCGAGCUUCUGCAGGGAGGCGAGGAGCUCCGACGACCCGAUGCUGCGGUUCGUGGCCGAGGUCACGGCGCACAGCGCCCGCGCGCGCGCCUUCAUACUCAACACGUGCGAGCACCUCGAGCCCUCCGCCCUCUCCAGCAUCCGCGCCCGCAUGCCCGUCACCUACGCCGUCGGACCCCUGCACGCCCUCCGCUCCGGAUCCGAAUCCGCACCCGCACGUGCGAGCCUGUGGCGCGAGGACCGCACGUGCGUGGCGUGGCUCGACGGCCAGCCGGAGCGGUCCGUCGUCUACGUGAGCUUCGGGAGCUUCGCGGUGAUGUCCCGGAAGCAGUUCCUCGAAUUCUGGCGCGGCCUGGUGGGCAGCGGUCGACGCUUCCUGUGGGUUGUGCGGCCGGAUCUGAUCGAGGAGGGGGGAUGGACGGACGAGAUGGAGUCCAUGAUCGAAGGGGCGAGGGACCGGGACCGGGCCCGGGUCGUGGGCUGGGCCCCGCAGAGGGAGGUUCUGGGCCAUCGGGCCGUGGGCUGCUUUAUGACGCACAGCGGGUGGAACUCGACCCUGGAGAGCAUGGUGGAGGGAGUGCCGAUGAUAUGCUGGCCGUUUUUCGCCGACCAGCAAAUCAAUAGCAGGUUCGUGAGCGAGGUGUGGAGAAUCGGAUUGGACAUGAAAGACACGUGCGAACGCAGUACGGUGGAGAGAAUGGUGAGGGAAGCCAUGGAAGGGGACGCCGCCGAUGAGCUCAGACGGUCGGCGAAGGCGACGGCGGAGGCCGUGAGGAAGAGCGUCGAGGAGGGCGGGUCGUCGUUCGCGGCCUUUCAAAGGCUGGUCCAACAUAUAAAAUCUCUGGCCCGGCCCAAUUAAUGGUUUCGGGUACGAUGAAACAUGAUAUUUACUUGCCGUAACAUUUGCGAAUUUUAGUUUCUGGUCUUUUCAAAAAUGCACUAUUAUAUUUUCCUUAUUUGACGUUGGUAAUGCAGUAGCCGAUAUUAUUACCUUUAUGCAUUCAGUCUAAAGAUGUUGUAUUGUAGCUGUUGACGUAUUAAUGUAUUGAACCUGGCUCAUCAAAAACCUUUUUGGUGUAACUCUAAAGUAGAUUGCAAGUCAUCAGAUUUAAGUAA